AUGAUGACACGAUUGUUUGCUGAGGACCGUGAAGAGCCAGAGCCAAUUCGAUUAAAAACGCUGCGUCUUGUUAGGGUAGAAAAAAGGAAUAAAACGUUGUCGUUUACUAUCAUCACACCUGGAUCUCAAAAAAGAGGGAAAGAGAGAGUGAGAGAGAUGAACUCUAGGCGUCUGAUUUUGUCGGGAUCAUGGCUGGUGAGGAAGUUUUGCACUGCGACCUCUGAGAAUGCGACGGCGGCAGCUGUGGAGGUGGCGGCUCCAACGAGAAAUAGGUUAUAUUCGAGGCUGUCGGCUUUAGGAGCGACGGGAGGAACGGUGUCAGAGGUGUUAAACGAUAUCAUAAUGGAGGGCAAAAAGAUCUGGAAAGAUGAGCUGAGUCGCUGUGUCAAAGAGCUGCGCAAGUACCGUCGGUACCAGCACUGCCUUGACAUAAUGGAUUGGAUGGAGAAGAGGAAUAUGCAGUUUUCCCACGUCGACCAUGCUAUACGUUUAGAUCUUAUAGCAAAAACCAAAGGACUUGGUGCUGCUAAGGAUUACCUAAGUGCCCUCCCUCCCGGUGCCAAGAAUCGAUUAACCUACGGAGCUCUUUUGAAUUGCUAUUGCAAUAAUCUUAUGAAGGACGAGGCACUAACUCUCUUUAAGAAAAUGGAUGAAGUGAAGCUCAUCAAAAGUGCAUUACCCUUCAACAAUCUCAUGUGCUUGUACAUGAGAUUGGGACAACCAGAGAAGGUGCCUGAACUUAUCGAUGAAUUGAAGCAGAGAAAUAUUCCUCGGUGUCGCUUCACUUAUAUUUUCUGGAUGCAGAGCUAUGCGAAUUUAAAUGACAUUGAGGGAGUAGAGAGGGUUUUGGAGGAGUUGUCAAAUGAUAGUGAAGAUAAGUGUACUUGGACAACAUAUAGUAAUCUAGCUGCAAUUUAUGUUAAGGCUGGCCAGUUUGAGAAAGCUGAGGCAUGUCUUAAGAAGUUAGAGAAAGAUAAGAUGCCUCGUCAGCGCGAGGCUUACCAUUUUCUGAUUAGCUUAUAUGCUGGUACUUCAAAUCUAGCUGAGGUUUAUCGAGUGUGGGAAGCUCUGAAACGAGCCUAUUCGACUGUUACCAACUUGAGCUAUCUUAUUAUAGUUCAGGCACUUGCUAAUCUCAAGGAUUUUGAGGGGUUGAAGAAAUGCUUUGAGGAAUGGGAGUCUAAUUAUUCUGUUUAUGAUAUGAGGUUGGCAACUAGUACUAUCCGUGGUUAUCUAUCAGGGGACAUGCACAAGGAAGCUGAACUUGUUUUGGAUAAUGCUAUGAAGAGAAGUAAAGGUCCUUUUACUAGGGCUCGAGAGUGUUUCAUGGUUUACUUCUUAAAGAAACGUCGUUUUGAUUUGGCUCUGAGGCAUAUGGAAGCAGCGGUUUCUGAGAUCAAUGACUGGAGCCCUUCGAAUCCUGAAACUACAACUGCCUUCUUCGAUUAUUUCAUGAAUAAGGGUGACGUUGAUGCUGCUGAGGAGUUCUGUAAAAUUCUGAAGAAUAACAAUUGUCUUGAUUCUGAUGCCUACCAUUGGUUGCUAAGAACUUAUGUAGCUGCUGGUAAAGUGGCUCCUGACAUGCGUAAAAGGUUGGAAAACGAUGGUAUUGAACUAAGCCAAGACCUUCAGAAUUUGCUUGUAAAUGUUUGCCCCGAAAAGCUGCAAAGAAAAUUUUGCAUACACAGACCAAAAACUUGCUAUGAAAAUGAGCACCACGACAUAGGCCUCGGGGUCCAAAAUAUGAGGGUAGAUCAUUCUCAGAAAUUACAAGCACCUUUUCGAUUUCUCUAUUGGACAGAACAUGCAGUGUAG